GUGUGUGUGGUUGUGUGGGAGAACUUCGUCACCGGAAAACGGUGCUCAGGUGAAAAAUCAAGUGAAAAACGAGAAGCAAAUCGAACGAUGGCGACCAUCGCGAAUGUGGUCCGCUGGUGGGUGAUGAUGGCGAUCGUGCUGUUGACGGUGGUGGGAGGUUUAUGUGCGAGUUCUUCUGCUGGUCCAGCGCCUCAAUGGGAGCAUCUAGUGGACUUCGAUCCCAACUAUCGGCUUCUCUGGACCGUAGGAAACCAAGAGGUGACGUUCGAGAUCCAAGCUCGCACGCUCGGGUACGUUGGCGUUGGAUUUUCACGUGACGGUACACUGGCCGGAGCGGAUUUGGCCGUCGGCUGGAUCGAUCAGGGCCACGUCUAUCUACAGGAUCGUCACAUCCGGGCGGAUAGCGACGGUGAACCCAUCGUGGACUCUUCGCAGGACUACACGCUGCUGCUCGGCUACGAGAACAUGACGCACACCGUAAUUAGAUUUAAGCGCAAUCUGGAUACCUGUGAUAUGAAGGACGACUUCCCGAUAACGAACGAUACGAUGCGCGUGCUGUUCCUGUACUCGAAGGAGAAACCCCGGUCAGGACCAAACAGUGCACUACCACUGCCGCUAGUCGCCUUCAAGGGAUCGCGGUCCAUCUUCCUGACGCAGCGCUCGAGCCAGGACGAGCUGUCGAACGCGCCGGCCAUCAGUAUCCUGGAGCUGCGCAACGAGGACGUCGAGCUGCCGGAGAGCGACGAGAGCCUCUACUGGUGCAAAAUCUUCAAGCUGGACGACUUCACGCAGAAGCACCAUCUCGUACGGUACGAACCGGUCUUCGAUUCGAGCACGAGCGUGCGCUACCUGAACCACCUCAUCCUGUACGAGUGCCAGGGGCUGUCGAAGGAGCUAGAGCUGCUGUCCCGCGAACGAGGCCAACCCUGCUUCCGGCUGCAACCGAUGCACUGCAACACCGUCGUAGCUAAUUGGGCUCGUGGAUCCGACGGUUUCACCUUCCCUCCGGAGGCCGGGUAUCCGCUUGAGUCACACCAGGCCACAUACUACAUGCUGGAGACGCACUACAACUAUCCGGACUACACGUACGACUUUUCGCUCUUCUACCGGAAGAACCUCAACGAGCAGCAGCGAAAUAUAGGUGUUCGGUCGCGCGAAGACGCUGUCGAAUCGCCACCACCGUUAGAGAGCGACCCGCGUUCAAACACCGAUGAGGAUAGCCUCGGAGAGGACGAUGAUGUGGCCGCAAUGGAGCAGCAGAUGGUGGACAAUUCGGGCCUGAAGCUGUACUAUACACAUCGAUUGCGACAGCACGACGCCGGUGUCCUGUCGGUGGGACUCGACCCGAACUGGCGGCACAUUAUUCCACCUCGGCAAGAAAAGGUGGUCUCACAGGGCCACUGCAUCGGGUCAUGUACGGCGCGGGCUUUCCCACGCGAAGGCAUCAACAUCUUCGCCGCCAUGAGUCGGACGCACCUGAUCGGCCGACAGGUGAAACUACGUCAGGUUCGAGGCAACACCGAGCUUCAGCCGAUUAUGCGCGACACCAACAUCGACCCGAGCUACCAGGACUACCGGCGGCUGGCGGUUCCGGCCCGGGUUCUCCCGGGUGACAGCCUCGUCGCGGAAUGUAUCUAUGACAGCUCGUCCCGCAAAUCCAUCACGCUUGGUGGCAUGACGACCCGGGAGGAAAUCUGUCUCAUCCUGACGCUGUACUACCCUCGUCAGCGGGAACUGACAUCGUGCCACUCGCUGCCGAGUCUGCCGACUGUUCUUCAUUCGCUCGGUAUCGAGGAGCUAGCCUCCGGUACCAAUCCGGUCGUGAUAGCCUCACCGGCGGAACUGGCCGGAAUGACGCUCGAGCGCCGUCUAACAUCCUACGACUGGGAGAACCAGUUCGAGAGCUUCCAGGACGCGACCAGGCAGGGUUCCUUCAAGCCACUCUGCUGGACGCCAACCAACACGAUGCUACCGGGCAUCGAGGCGGAAGCCUUUGGUAGCAACAUCACGCGUUCCUGGAAACCGGUGGACAAGUGCCGGAGCGUGCACACGAACCUAGUCACCGAGACCGGCCCGAACAUGAUCGACAUGCCAGCGAUGGACGAUCACGAGUCGACGAACAUGAUCGAUAUCGACCUGAAAGCGAAGAUGUCCCGGAGCGGCCAGCAGACACCACCUACGACCAACCACCGGCAGGUGGGCCGCAGUUCAGGCUCCGUGCCCGUCCUGGAUUCGAUUCUUGCGCUCACGAUGGCCACCAUCCUUGGGCGUUCGCUGCAGUAAGCAGCGACGAGUGAACCGAGUUUCCCGAAAGCAAUAAAUACUCCAAUAAAUACUCCUGGCGUACUUCGCUCCCGAUGGCGAUGCAAAGGAGACACCGAACCCGCACCGGAUGCUCAUUAAAUCUGCGCGAAAGGAAACAAUAUCGCCGGCGGGCGAUCAGACUCCCCGAACGGCAACGAACGGGCGCGCUCUUAUCUGUAAAUAUGUCAUGUAUCAAACACGCGGGCGAAUCGAUAGCGUCACGUACGCGCUACGAGCGUCAAGAGCCGGGAGCCAUUUGUAAAAUAAAAGUAAUAAUAAAAGCAACACACAGCAAACUACAAUCUCUAGCGCACGAGCAUGUAUAUACUAUCAUUGGAUGUAAAACCGACCUAAUAGCACUUUAGGAGUACGCGAGUUGGUUCUGCGAAUCGCUAAAGGACUGAGGUCCUUUUCACCCGGCAGUGGUUUAAUUUCAAAAGAACGUUUCUUCAAAAGAACUGCUUCUGUUAGGUAUCGAUGUAUCGUUUCGUUCACGUAGCUAAACCAAAAUCAGAUUACCAAAUCGAUUGUGCAGAGGGAUGUAGAAGGGGCCACAAUCAUACCAACUAUCCACUCAGACGAUGGCAAAGGUGCACGUUUGUAUUGCGAAAGAAAUGCGCGAGAGGGCAUGUGUAUAAUGUCAAAACUAAUAAAAACCAAAAUAAAAACAAAAUGAGAUUACGGAAUAAAAUAUAUGGA